AACAACUCCUUCAAACACUCGACAACUUUACUCUUCGAUCUUCACAUCCCCUCAACCCAUCACCAUGGAACCACGAACUCUGCAACUGAUGGAGCUACAAACCCAGCAACAAAUCGAGGAUGGAGGAAACAACCAAGCAGCCGGGAGUAGUGCCAACACAGAUUUCUGGCGAAGCCGUGCCAGGUGGGUUCCUACUCCAGAUCAAAUAAGGAUCCUCAAGGAUCUUUACUACGACAAGGGAGUUAAGUGCCCAACUACAGAGCACAUUCACGAGAUCUGUCUCCAGCUGAACCAGUAUGGACAUGUUGAGGGCAAGAACAUUUAUUUUUGGUUCCAGAAUGUCAGGGCUCGAGAGAAGCAGAUGAAGAGGUGCAAUCAGGCUGCUCAAGUGCCCAUGGGAACUAGUUCUCCUGGUACUGGUGGAUCCAUUGAUCUCAAUUUUGGGUCCACUGGUUCUACUGGUGCUGGUGGAUCCAUCGACAUCAAUUUUGGGCCAGCUGGUGGAUCCAUUGACAUCAAUUUUGGGUCCACUAGUUCUACUGGUGCUGGUGGAUCCAUUGAUCUCAAUUUUGGUUCCACUGCUUCUACUGGAGGACAAUCUUCCAUGGAACAACGAGGAGGAGUUCGCCAGGAGUUUGAAACUCUUCUUCUGUUCCCCGUGCACGGCGAGGACGUCUAUGGUAACCCGAAGACUACUUCCGAGGAAGGUAGCGCAUAUGAUUACUAUUUCGGUGGCUCAGGCGGUUACAACCGUGGAUCUCCAGUUUCUCUUGAGCUCAGCCUCAACCCAUCCGGAGCUACUGAUUAGGCUUAGUAUAGCGUAGUGCCAAUUUCCUUUUUGUAAUAUUAAAUCAAUAAGAU